AUGAGCACAGAGACUGUGGAGUCCACAGAACCUCAGAAUGACCAGACCGACAUUGAGCCAAACGGAAUUGACUUCAACAGACAAAUUAAGACAGAGGACCUGAAUGACUCUCCCCACACCGUCUCCACACACAAGACAUGUCACCUGACUCAGGGAUCACCUGUCACCGCCAGCCAGUUGAAUGGGGAACUGCCCUCCCUGCACCAAAUUCCUCAGCUGGUGCUAAUGUCCGGCUCUCACCUCUCCUCCUCCUCGCCCUUCCUCCUGUCCCAGGCUCAAACCGGACACCAGGGUCUAGCGUUGCUCCAGUCGAAUCUCCUCUCCCUACCUUCCCAGCCUCAGGCAGGACUGUUACAGCACCAACCCGCCCUGGCUCUCACACCUCAGGCUAUGGGUAGGACAAGCCUGACAGGAUCCUCUGUGGAUGGACACCUGGACAUGUCCCACUUGCAAGUCGCUAAGCACGUUGGUCCCUCCCAGCAGGAUGAACCCAAUGACCUGGAGGAGCUCGAACAAUUCGCCAAGUCCUUCAAACAGAGACGCAUCAAACUGGGUUUCACUCAGGGCGACGUUGGGCUGGCCAUGGGGAAGCUGUAUGGAAAUGACUUCAGCCAAACCACCAUCUCACGAUUUGAGGCUCUGAAUCUAAGCUUUAAAAACAUGUGCAAACUGAAACCUCUGCUGGAGAAAUGGCUGAGCGACGCAGAGAACUCUCCCUCGGAUUCGAUGGCUAACCCUGCCACUUUACCGCCAAUCAUGGAAGGUUAUGGAAGGAAGAGAAAAAAGAGGACGAGUAUUGAGACUAACAUCAAGCUUACCCUGGAGAAACGCUUCAUGGACAACCCAAAGCCAAAUUCGGAAGAGAUCACCCUGAUCUCGGAGCAGUUGGCCAUGGAGAAGGAAGUAGUUCGCGUGUGGUUUUGUAACCGUCGACAGAAGGAAAAAAGGAUAUUUUGCAGUCCGGUGCCUACAUUACCCGUUAAAUCCCACAGUUACAACGCAAGACUGCCUUCAACUUCUAGAUCUUUCAGUCCGCUCGCUUCGGGAGGCGUGUCGUCAAGCUCCUCACCCAGCAGUCCAAGCCGGGGAUCAUCUCCAAGCACCCUGUCCUCAGCCUCAAGCCCCCUGACAUCCCAGGGAGUCAACCAGACCUUCAACUCUGCAGGAUCCUGGUAUCGAUGGAAUCCCAGCUACCAUCACUGA